ACUUAGCUGGAGGAACGGCGGCUCCAAACUUGGAGCGCGGUAUUUUUACCCUCGGCGCAGCCUAUAUAAGCUAGGGUCUGCCCACAAUCUGCCCGACACAGGAUCAGAGUCAUGGCCCCGAAAAAGGCGAAGAAGAGGAUGGAGAAGGGAAGUUCCAAUGUCUUCUCCAAUUUCGACCAGAUUCAGAUCCAGGAGUUCAAGGAGGCUUUCACUAUUAUGGACCAAAACAGAGAUGGUAUCAUCAAUAGGGAAGAUUUGAGAGGCACCUUCGCUGCUCUGGGUCGCGUGAAUGUUAAGAACGAGGAGCUGGAUGCGAUGUUGAAGGAGGCCGCUGCACCGAUCAACUUCACCAUCUUCCUCACAAUGUUCGGGGAGAAGCUGAAAGGUGCUGAUCCAGAAGAAACAAUUCUCAAUGCUUUUAAGAUUUUUGACCCAGAAGGCAAAGGACAUAUCAAAGCAGAUUACUUCAAACAAAUGCUGCAGACCCAAGCAGACCGAUUUAAUGACGAGGAGUGUAAGCAGAUGUUUGGUGCCUUCCCUCCUGAUGUUUUGGGGAAUCUUGACUACAAAAGUCUCUGCUAUAUCAUCACUCAUGGUGAAGAGAAGGACUAAGAGCAAAGGAACUCUCCUUGCAAGAUGAAGAAUGGAGUUGGGGGCCAAAUAACUUUCCUUCCUAGCAAUUAAUGAUUAGAAACUAUCUCAUUAAACCCUGGAAUUCACCAAUGACUUGUGGAACCAUUGUGUUUUAUAUGUUGACUUCCAAUAUUCUGAUGUUGACUUAUGGUUCUGGCUAUGUAAUUUUUUUGUAACUUGGUUUACACUUUGGUCAUAACUCCAGCUCCAUUGUAAUAAAUAUCUUCUGCUUGCACCAUU